AUGAACGGACUUACUAUUUCCCCUUUCAUCGCAAACCUGCCGAAGGUUGAACUUCAUGUUCAUAUCGAAGGCACUUUGACACCUGCUUUGCGCUGGGAAUUAGCUCGGCGUAACAAAAUUGCUCUGCCAUACGAGAAUUUUGACGAACUCAAAGCCUCAUACGCCGUGACUCUCAACCAUCGUCCCGAGCUCAAUGGUCACCAGCCAGGAAUUCCAACAUUUCUAGAAGCCUAUUUCGCCGGCUGUGAGGUAUUGCGUACCGAGGAUGACUUUUACGAUCUUGCGAUGGCCUAUCUUAGUCGCUGUGCUACAAUGAAUGUUCGAUACGCGGAGCCGUUCUUCGAUAUCCAGGCACAUACGCGUCGUGGGGUUCCCGCUGCCGCACCGGCUACUUGCGUGCCCAACGAGACGCAGUAG